AAUAUUGUGAUUCCUAUUUUGCAAAUUUUCUCUGGUGCUAAUACUUAUUCUGAAAUUAUCGCAAAGCUCUCGAGGUUUGGGUCGUUUUCACUCGCUUACUUUUGCUGGCGACACGCACUUGCUGCUACGGCGUCGCAUUUUUUAUUUUUUUAUUUUUAGGCGCAGCCUUUGGCACAUACUGCAGCAUACAAACAGAGCUGUAGGGAGCUCUCUGACGCAAAUAACACUUUUAAUGAUUGAGAGUCAUCUCUGGCAGCCAUUAUUCCAGUAGUGUGCUCGUAGCUGGCAGAGUAAAGCCGGUCGGAACUAAAUUCGUAGACAUUUUAUGGCGGCAGAAUACAGUGAUAUCCGGGACACUGUCGGCAGACAUGGCUGAUCUGAGUCGUCACCAAGCGUAAACCACUAGCAAGGAGUGUGCCUGUGCCAUAAAUUAACUCGCCAAAAUGAAGACUGUCAGAGUGCACGAAACUGGGCGAGGAGGCUCUGGCAGAAUGCAGUCGUGGUCGCUCAGCUAGACAGCUAGCGCGGUCCCACUUCUCCACCUCCUCAGCACAAGACAACGGCUGCAGUGGUCGCGCUGACACCAGCAUCCACGGCGCUGAAAGAGCUGGCGGCGGGCAGACUAGAGGAGUCCAUCUAACUACAGCAUCACUAACAUCUCACAAACUCUGAGGAAACCAUUUGGCGAGGCAGCAGCGUGAGCGUAGGUCAGGAACCGGGCGCGGACUGGCAGAAGAAGCGAGCCUUGUUGCCAAGAGUGACGUUAUCACGAAUAAUUCGGGCGUUUGUCCCAAGAUAAACACUGGUAGCUGCUGACCUACUGUGACGUGUUUCCGGUCAUGAUCCCUUCGAUGAGGACGAGCAACGUGCGGCUUAUCGCACUGGCCGUGUGUCACCUCCUGUACAUCAUCAUCGGCGCCGCCAUCUUUUCCGCCAUCGAAGGACCAGAGGAGACUCAGGUGAAGAAAGAGCUGCAGGCGACGAGAGACGACUUCCAUGAACAGCACAAGACCUGUUUGACAGAUGAUGAGCUGGAGCAAUUCAUUGAGAAGAUUGUGAAGGCUGCCAACCGUGGAGUGUCAGCCAUCCGAAAUGUCACCAUGUCUGAACCAAACUGGAGCUAUGGUCAAGCCAUCUUCUUUGCUGCCACUGUUCUUACCACCAUAGGUUAUGGACGUGUGACACCCCUGUCGGAUGGUGGCAAAGGUUUCUGCAUUGUAUAUGCUAUCAUUGGGAUACCACUGACACUGAUUCUAUUCACUGCACUGGUUGAACGUAUUCUCAUCCCAGUCAAGGCCUUCCUUUACUUUCUUUUCCGAAAAUUGGGUCACGUUUACCAGGCAUUUUACAUUCAACUUCUGCAUCUGGUAAUUAUGGGUUUCGGCCUUCUAGUAUUCUUCAUACUGAUACCAGCGGCCAUCUUUGCAGUGCUAGAACCAUCUUGGAAUUACCUGGAUGGGAUUUAUUAUUGUUUUAUCUCUCUCACAACCAUUGGCCUUGGGGACUAUAUACCUGGGGACAGUGCUGACCAGCCUAACCGUGCACUCUACAAAGUAGCUACUACAUUGUACCUGCUGACUGGCCUUGUCAUGAUGAUGGUGGUGCUGUCUGUGCUGUAUGACAUCCCAGAGCUGAAUCUUGGUUUCCACUUUUACCUCAAAAGUGACCCUGUAGAUGAUGAGCGCACGCGCCUUAAGAGUUUAGCUAAUAUGCAGGGACCAGGCCUCAAGUACACCAAGCAGGUAAAUGAAGCGGAAGGCCAGCCCUCUGGUCAGGAGAACUUUAGACCUGGAGCAGGCACCUACCAGUCUUUUCAGGACAAAGACAUUGGUGAGGAAUGAGGGCAGCAGACACAGAGGUCAGAGCAGAGAAAAGCCUAGAGCAGCAGAACAUAAAGAUUUUUGUAUUGCUGAUUGAAAGAUGGGAUAUUUACUCCUGUGGGACCACAGCUGUAGAAUUAUCUAAUUUGUAGGUAAGGAGAACUGUAAGUACAAUCCUAUGUUGCUAAGAGACAAAGUACAUAUGCUAGGUUGGCAGAUGUUACAUUAACAGUUUACCAGAUAUGUAUUUUUGGGCUCUGUUAUUUCACUCCUGGUACAGAAUUAGACUUAAGAAUGCUCAUAUUAAAAGGAUAAAUUUUGCUGUUAUAAAUACAGCAACUCCUGUAGGUUUUGGUACCAUCUUUUAAGUUGUUAUUAAUAUUGAUAUACAGAAAGACUUUAACCUGCAGAAUUCUUUUAUGAGAGGGCGGAGCUUAUUAAGCCACCUAAAAAAAUAUAGAUUAUAGCUUUUCUUUACAAAACAAUGUGAAAGCAUUUUCCCACCUCAAAGUUAGUGGAAAGUUCCUUUGUGUUAGACACUUAUAAAUGAGGCACAUACCUUUUUAAUGCUUUCCACAUUUCUGCCAAAAAAGAAAGUUACUAAUUCUUGUGUUAGUUUCAUGUCAUUUUGGGCAUGUUUUGAAUUUUAUGUUGUUGUAUUCUUGUCCUCUCCCCUACCCACUCCUGCUCAGAACGGUCUUUUAGAGCUGAGUAAAUCAGCCGUCAGAACUGGGGAUCCAUUUACUUAAUUUUAAGAAGUGCAUGAUGAUACUUUGAUGUAUGUUAUUCUAAGUGAGAAAAGUGUUAGUAAAUGUUAUUAGCAAACCUCAAAAUCAUUAGAGAGAGAGAGAUAUAUAUAGUGUUUUCCACUGACAUUUUGCAUAUAAAAUAUAACUUAUCAGAUAGCUAUAGAAUUGUUGGUAAUAAAAUGAUGAAAAUAUUUUAGGUACCUUACUAUUUCAUCUUAUUUUAUUUAAAAUUAGCAUUUAAACAAAAAUUAAAAAAUAGAAGGCAUUGAAGUAAUUUAGUAACAUCUUAGGUUUUGAUGUCAUAAUAGAGUGACUUAAAGAAAUGAAAGUCAGAAUGUGGGAGGAGGGUAUCAUUGGUCAGUAUCACUUCAGAUAACAAUGUUAUAUGACUGCACAACUUAACAGAAGGUAAUAAUAAAAUGUUCUUAAAUAUUAUAAAAGUGAAUAGAUACAAAUUAGCCUUUUUGUCUGUUUUAUUUUACUGUUAUAAAUUCAGCAACUACUGAAGGUUUUGGUACCAUCUUUUAAGUUGCCAUAGUUAUCUUUCCUUGGACAUGUCAUUUGUCAAUAUAAAGAAUGGACUGUAUGCAGUUACAUGAAAAGCACAAUAAGAAAGGGAACUUUGUCAUGAUGUCUUAAAUGUGAAACCUUCUGAAAGGAAACCUGUAAAUGUAGAUAAUAAUUAUGCAUCUGAACUGAUCUCCACAUAAAACAGAGCACAAGCCUGAAAGCAAUCUUCUAUGUGAAAAAGAGCCAUUUUGUAUCACUACCUGAGGUUAUUUAAAAUCUGUUGAGAUUUUUGUCUUUAGACUGGAUAUAUUUGACCACAGCAUGGCUAUAAUGUGUUUAUGUAUAUAUCAUAUAGCUUCUUACAUAUGAAGUAAUUUGCAUUGCAUGAAGUUGCUUUAGACAUGGUUAUUGGCAACUUUUGCACAGCUGGCUUCAGACUUUAAGAUGGGGGUGGAUGGGGAGGGUAGCUGUUUUCAUUAGAAAGCCAUUGUUAUGAGAUUCUAUUUUGAUGUGUUAUGUUUUGGGCUAAUUAGCAAGUUCAGAAGAGGUGCAAUGUUUUGUUUAAAUUGCAGAUCUUAAAUGAUUUAUCCUAACACGUUUACCCCAUUUGUGCAAUUUCUUGAGGUUGUAAGCGUUUGUUUCUAAUAAACAGUUAGGGAAAUAGUUGUUUCAACCUGAAGUCUUCUUGCCCUGACCAUACUCUUGAAUGGUCUUAAGUACAGAAUGCAAAACUUUAUUGCGGUAUUUGCAUCAAUGGUACUUGAUGCUGAAGGAUGUUUCACUGAUGGACAUUAUUUUAAUUGGUGUGUCAGACGAACUUGCUGCAGCAGUUGUUUGCAUGGCAGCAAGGACAUAUGGUGACAAUUUACAAAUGGACAUUUCAUGCACUACUAACACGUCUGCCUGUCUGUGUAAGGUGUUGUUUUACUCUAUAUUUGUAUAUUGUAAGGUAGGAAGCACAAAUGAGAUCCAAAAUUUCAAGAAGCUAGCAAAUAGCUCAACAGUUUUAGCUGAUAAAAUAUCCAUUUGGCAAAAAAAAAA